AUGAAGUCGCCUAGAUUUUGUUAUCGUCGUCGUGUCACAACCAGUGUAAACAAAAUGUCGCUUUCUGCGUUCCGUAUCCCAAAGUUUAUCACCAGAAACUAUAAUGCUUGGGAACCAGAAAGAUACAAAACUAGUCCUUCCCAACUAAAGUUCUGUCAAACCAUGAACUUACUUCCUCUAUUCUCUAUCCUUCUAGCUUUCUUGAUUACUUCAACAGAAGCACAUCGAGGACGAUCUAGAAAGGAUGGAAGACACGAUCACUUCUUAUCCAUUGAGCCUCCUUCCUCUUCAUCAUCUUCGUCUUCUCAUGAUUCCUCUUCUGACGAAAUUGAAUCCACAAGAGGUUCUGGAAAACGAGGACAUCAGAAGCCAAGACCUCCACGGGAGCCCGCUGAGGAGAAGUGCCAGAUGGAUUGGUUAACAUUUGAAAGACCACAAGGGAAAUGGUGUGUUAAGCUCUACAAUGCUCUGAUCGACCAGUUGAGCGCUGAGCAAAGAUGUAAGGCUAUUGAUGCAACACUCACCGGAUUGCAGACAAACGAAGAGAGAAUGAAAUUAGCAGCAAACGUUGAUAACGUUUUGGGCGGUGCUGUAGAUAAGCCACUCCCAGAUGCCGCUAGAGCACUUCUACUGCCAACCAGUGUAACGGAUGCAGCGAUUUGGUUAGGUGCUAAGAGGAAACCAGAGUGUCCGAGAGCGGGCAUUUGUUUCCCGAAGGACACUUUCAACUGGACUGAUGGGCAUACAACUGGAACUGAUGGAUUUGUGUAUACUCCUGGGGAGCCGAAUGGAAAGAUUUCGGCUUAUGGUGUCCAAUCUUGUAUCCAUCAAAUCGUUUUCCCACGCGGACCGACUCACUGGUUCUGGACUGGAGUGACACAUGGAGAACUGGAUGAUACUUGGUGUCAAGAGGCGACUCAACUUCCAACGACCAAGUUGUACGCAUGUGGAAAGAAGGCAACUCGAUAA